AUGUCGCCCAAGUUCAUCGUCCUCCCGAAAUCCCACCCCUCCCUCGCCAAAUUCCUCCAACUCUCCGACCGCUACAAGUCCUUCCGCCUGCUCUCGCUGCGCCUCUCCCCCGAGAGCUUCGGCUCGACGUACGCGCGCGAGGUCGCCUUCGCGCCGGACAAAUGGCUCGCGCGGCUGUCGAACCCGCUUGCGACGACCAUCGUCGUCGUCGAUGACGGGGUUACCCCGCCGUCGCCCGUGCAAGCGUCCAGCGAUGUAAAUCUCAGCAUCGAGACGGCAGACCCGGACGCGGACUUUGAGCUCGCCUUGGACGCAGAGUGGCUGGCUUCCCUCACGAUCUCAGGGCCGCUCGACACCAAGACGCUGGCGACGCAUUUGCAUCUUGAGGAGUCGUUUGUGGAUUUCGGGCCUGCGCAUGAGUUGGACCUCGGGCCUGCAAGGAAGUGCGACAGGCCGACGAGGCAGUUUGUCGUGAAUGGGAUGUACGUGCUCCCGAUAGCCAGGGGCAACAGCCUGGGUGUGCAGAUUCUGGAGUAUGCCAAGAGAUAUGUUGCGGCUGAGGCGAAGGUCUCUGGUGAGAGGGUGCGGCUAUCGUUGAUCGUGGAUAACGAUAACCCUGCUGCGAGGAGGACGUAUGAGAAGUGCGGGUUUGGGGUGGUGCAUCGUUAUUGGUUCGAUGAUUAUCGUGAAGGGAGGGGGACGAGAACUGAGGCGGCGGUGAUGGUGGUUGAUUUGAACGAUGGGGAUGGGACUGUGAAGAAGGCUGGGUAG